AUGCCGAAUUCGGAUGUACUGCGGGAUGGCCGCGGCCGAAGUCCCUCCGCGCAGAGAAGCGCUAGCAGGCAGGACAGGCGGAACGCGAGUAAGCCGGGGAGCAGCGCGGCGGCUCAGCGGGACACGCGACGGGACAAGAGACGCUCCUCGGCGUCUCGUCGCAAGAAACGCAAGCAGGGCAAGGACAGGGACUUGUGGCACCUCGGUGCGACGGAAGGGACGGUCAAUGACAGACACGCGGCUUUUGGCAGGGAGGCAGAACUCGGGACUUUGGUGGAGUACGACGACGUCAGCUCCCAGUCGGAGCGUUUCUCCGGGAGCCCCUCGCCUAAGCCGGACCACCACUUCUCCGUGGACCGAUUGAGCGACUUCGGGGACUACGACGGACCUCAGCCCAGAGAACGCCAGGACGUCUUCGCCAUCAAGGACAAGCGCGCCAGAGCGCCAAAAAGCAAGCCUUCGAGCCGCAAGAAGGAGCGUCCCGCUCGGGAACGAAACUCCAAAGUCCGAGGAGGACUCGGCCCGAGCGCCUCUAAAAACCACCGGGACGCCGGUACGAAGAGCGAAGACAAGAACGGCAAGAAAACGUCUGCCGGCCCGUCGUCGGAAAAACGGGACUCCAAAAGGCAACGGAGUAAAACGCGAGCGGACAAAGAACCGCCGUCCGCGUACAGAGACGUUCCUCCGCAGUCGUACCGGGACGACUACAGGAGGAGCCCGGGAUUCAAAGCCGAAAGUCCCUACGGGACAUCGUACCCGUACAACUACCAGUCCCCGCCCGGUUACAACCAGAUCUCCAGAAGAAGCCCGACCUAUCCGAGCAAAAGAACCUCUCCCGUGUCCAACUACUACAACCGGGACGGCGACGCGUACGGCACCGCCAAAUCUCCCGGGUCUUACUCGAGCAAGAGGAAGCGAUCCCCCGCCAGUCCCGCCACCUGGCGCCGGUCUCCCAGCUACAGCCGCCGCAGUCCCUACGAGCAAGGCGAGUUCGUCGCCAGUCCGUACGCAGGUCGGCGGAGGUCACGGAGUCCCUACAGGAAGUCCCUCAGCCCCAGUCCGGAUGUCAGGCGCGCGGCCCGGUCCCGCAGCCGAAGCCCGUACUCGUCGCUCAGGCCUUCCCGCUCGCGCAGCCGUCACCGCAAGUCGCGCUCGCGCAGCCGGCCCUCCAGCCUCUCGCCCGGCACGCUGACCUUCAAAAGCAGCCUGGCGGCCGAGCUCAGUAAGCAGAAGAAGGCCAAAGCAGCCGAGGCGGCCGCCAAAGCCAAAAGCUCCGGCGACACCGCUGCCUCCGCCCCAGUCAAAUCCGCCGCCGCUCGCCAGCCCAGCCCUAAGACCGACCACGCGGCCAGGAAGGGACGCCCGCCCUCGCCGCCUCCGGAAAAAGGCCCGCGCACGCCCACUUCCGUUCCGUCGCCUUCCAAGAAAACGACGGAGCAGCCCGCCGGCCGGGACAAAGACGGAAAGGCUAAAGAGGACUCCAAGAGGAAACCCGCGGCGCCUAACAAAGCCGGGGGGAGCUUUGCCGCCAGCGUCCUGAACCUUCCGCUUCCCCCGAGCAUCCUGGAACAAAUCGAUAAAGGCGAGAGCGCCAAGGACGCCAAGAAAAAAUCGGAGCGAAAGGGCCGACAGCUCCUCGCCGACCUGCCGCUCCCACCCAUUCUUUCCAGCCGCACGUCUUCGCCGCGCAGUCCGGCCGAGGAGAAAAAGGCCCAAACGCCUCGCCGGAGGCCGAGAAUGUGCGGCCCGAGAUACGGCGAGAUUAAAGAGACGGAGAUCGACUGGGGCAAGCGUUGCGUGGAUAAGUUUGAAAUCAUCGGCAUCACGGGGGAAGGCACGUACGGCCAGGUGUACAAAGCUAAAGACAAAGACACAGGCGAGAUGGUGGCGUUGAAGAAGGUGCGUCUGGACAACGAGAAGGAGGGCUUCCCCAUCACGGCUAUCCGAGAGAUUAAAAUUUUGCGGCAGCUCAACCACAAGAGCAUCAUCAACAUGAAGGAGAUCGUCACCGACAAGGAGGACGCGCUGGACUUUAAAAACGACAAAGGUGCUUUCUAUCUGGUCUUCGAGUACAUGGACCACGACCUGAUGGGCCUGCUGGAGUCGGGCUUGGUGCACUUCAACGAGAGCCACAUCAAAUCCUUCAUGCGCCAGCUGCUGGAGGGCUUGGACUACUGCCACAAGAAGAACUUCUUGCACCGCGACAUCAAGUGCUCCAACAUCCUUCUCAACAACAAAGGUCAAAUCAAGCUAGCAGACUUUGGUUUGGCUCGCUUGUACAACUCUGAAGAGAGUCGACCUUACACCAACAAAGUCAUCACGCUGUGGUACCGGCCCCCGGAGCUCCUGCUGGGCGAAGAGAGGUACACGCCGGCCAUCGACGUGUGGAGCUGCGGAUGCAUCCUCGGGGAAUUGUUCACCAAAAAGCCCAUCUUUCAAGCGAACCAGGAGCUCGCCCAGUUGGAGUUGAUCAGUCGGAUAUGCGGCAGCCCGUGUCCCGCCGUGUGGCCGGACGUCAUCAAGCUACCCUUCUUUAACACCAUGAAACCCAAAAAGCAGUACAGGCGACGACUACGGGAGGAGUUCGCCUUCAUCCCUCCGACCGCUCUGGAUCUGUUCGACCACAUGCUGAACCUCGACCCGGGCAAGCGCUGCACGGGCGAACAGGCGCUAAGCUGCGAGUUCCUCAAGGACGUGGACCCGGACAAAAUGCCCCCACCGGAUCUUCCGUUGUGGCAAGACUGCCACGAGCUGUGGAGCAAGAAGAGGCGGCGGCAGAAGCAGAUGCCCGAGGAUUUGGCUCUUCCUCCGAAGGCGCCCCGGAAAGAGUUAGGCAUGGACGACAGUCGCAGUAACACACCUCAAGGCUUCUCCGCAGCUGGGGGCGCCAAAGCGCCGGGCGCGGCAGCUUCGGCAGACGCGAAGGGUCCCAACUCCCAGCUGACCCAGGAGCAGCUGGCCGUCCUGCUGAACCUCCUGGGGCCGCCCAACAGCGGGACCAACCCGGCCCAGUUUUUCCAGGCGGGCGGCUCCAAGGCCAACCAGGAGACGCCGCAGCAGCCCUCCAAAGCCCCGCCGGCUCCCGACGCGGCCGAACCCGCCGCGCCGCCCGCCGCGCCCCCGCAGCCGACCGCUCCGGCGGGCGUGCCCCGCACCCCGCCCAUGCCCAAGCCCCCGUCGCCACCUCCGGCGCCCGAGGGGGACGCGGCCGCAGCCACCCAGACGGCCGUCACCAUGCUGCUGGCUCAGCUGCUGCAGGCUCAGCGGCAGGAAGACGGGGGCGACGGUACGGAGGCUUCCGGCGGCGUCCAAGCGGCGGGGGUGGCGCCCCCGAUUCCUACUGAGGGCAAACUACCUCCAGAGUCCAGCCCGGUCUCACCUGCGCCUGACACGAGCGGCGUCCCCAUCCUGCCCCCGGACCAGAGACCGCCUGAACCCCCGGAGCCGGCCCCGCACGCCGACCUGGACUAUAGGCGGCCGCCGCCCGAACCCAAGCCUGGCCACGCGCCGCCCAUCGCUUCGGCCGGGGGAGGCGACGGAGGCGCCCUCCCGCCCGAGCCCGACUACCCGCCCCUCCCCACCGCCGAGGGCCCCGGCUACGGAGGCGACUUCAGCCACCCGCCGCCGCCCCCGUUCACUCCCUCGGCCUUCGGGGACAGUUUCAUGGGUCACAUGCUGGGAGCCGGGCUACCGCCUCACUCUCUAAGAGAAGUGUUUAGCGCGCCGGGCCCUGCCGCGCCCCCAGAACUUUUCGUGCCGCCGGGCCCCGCCCCCGCCGGACCCCCCGGGAUGAUGUUCGCUGGGGACAAGGACCACCGCUUUGAGUACAGCUCCCUACCGGCGGAGGGCCCUCCCAACCCCCUCCACUUGUACAACCACGCGCCUCCUCAUCCGCCGCCCAUCCCGGCGCCGGGCCACGCUUGGGCCUCCCCCUCCUCGCAGGUGCCCCUCGGCUUCGCGCCUCACGUCACCUCCGCCAUCAGAGGACGAGGGCUCCCCUUCUGA